AUGCUCAGUUUUGUGGAGCCCCACCAAGAGACGCCCGUGCAGCAAAGUUACCUUGACGGGUUCCGCGUGGAAGCGUGCCCCCUCUUCAAACAACACCAAUGCCAACAACACAGACCGUACACCUGUUUCAACUGGCAUUUCGCCAAUCAGAGAAGAAGAAAACCGACGAGAAGACCUGAUGGAUCGUUCAAUUAUUCCCCCGAUAUCUACUGCGACAAAUACGACGAGAACACCGGCAUUUGCGCCGAUGGUGAUGGAUGCCCCUACCUGCACCGUGUCAGCGGCGACGUCGAGCGAAAAUACCACCUACGCUACUACAAGACGGCCCAGUGCGUGCACCCAACAGAUGCCCGGGGCCAGUGCGUGAAAAAUGGGGCGCACUGCGCGUUUGCGCAUUCCCAACAAGACCUCCGUCAACCCCAACACGACACGAGCGAAACGGCGUACGCCGGCUGCCUCGGCGACACUGACGGCCGUGACCGUACUUCAUUCGUCAUCGAUGAUCCGUUGUGGCACCGCCAAGAACACGUGCUAUCCUGCUACAAAACCGAGCAGUGCCGAAAACCGGCCAGACUGUGCCGCCAGGGCUACGCGUGCCCCUUCUACCAUAACAGCAAAGAUAGACGGAGGCAACCGGCCGUGUUCAAGUAUCGCUCGACCCCGUGCCCGGCGGCGAAAACCGCCGACGAGUGGCUCGACCCGGAGCUGUGCGAGCAGGGCGACAAUUGCGGAUAUUGCCACACGAGAACCGAGCAGCAGUUCCACCCCGAGAUCUACAAGAGCACCAAAUGCAAUGAUAUGCUAGAGCACGGCUACUGCCCUCGAGCUGUCUUCUGCGCGUUUGCUCAUCACGACUCGGAGAUGCACGUUCAGAGGACCCCUCUACCGCCAUUCCAAGGAUUCCCCGGGCAACCGAAACAUCCACAUGACAACCCAAUCCAAGACUACGGCAUGACGAACGGCCAGGGAAGAGUUGAAGAGAAACUGGCUGAAGCCCAAAUCGCCGCCCAGACAUGGAAGAGCAACUGCGACUACUACAAGAUGAUGGCCGAGAAGGCGGCAUUCGAGAGGGAUCAACUGCUGCAACAAAUCGAACGCAUGCAAAUACAAGGAGGCCCGGUUGGCCAGAACGUCGACUUCAGCUCACCGCCACCGCCCACCAGCAGUUAUAACCUGUUUGGGAACCCAACCGACGACGUGUGGAAGCCGCUCCCAGUCCCCGAUUCUCCACCUCAGAAUCAA